AUGGCAGUCGUUUGGACGUUUGUGGUGUCGUUUGUCCUGCUGCUGGCGUCAGUCAAAGGGGCACCAGACAAUCGAGGCACCGAGUUUAUUUUUGGCUUCAUGGAGAAUCAAGGAACCAGCUACAAUCUAGAGCUCUUCGUGACUACGUCACGAACAACAACCGUGAAUGUACGUCUGACAUCACCACGAUAUACAAGUCCGUCCAUAGACCAGUCAUUCACCGUCAUAGCGGGAACAGUGGAACAACUGACAAUUAGCAACAGCCUUCGCAUGGUCGCAACUGGGUUGGGUUCAAAAGGACUUCUGUUGACUGCUGAUGACGAGGUAGUCAUAUACGGAGUCAAUAAGGAGAGGUAUUCUUGCGAUGCCUUCCUAGGUCUUCCGACAGAUGUUUUAGGAACCGAACAUUACGCAAUCUGCCAGUAUCCGCCGACCAGGUACACGGAGAUUCUUGUUGUCGGCGUGAACGAUUCGACAUCUCUCGGACUUCGGUUAGCAAACCAUAAUGAUAUCAGCGUGACGUAUAACGGAGUGACGUAUCGUAAAAAUGAUUGGUUGAAUCUGACCAUCGACAGGUUUGAUACCUUUCAAAUACACACAUAUGGUGAUCUGACAGGUACAUAUAUAGUUGCGGAUAAAAUAAUCUCCGUGUUUAGCGGAAACAAGAAAACUAAAAUCGGUACUGGUAACUCACAAGACCAUCUGGUCGAACAUCUGACGCCGGUUAGUUCCUGGGGAAAGCGGUUUGCCUUAAUUCCGAUCGCGAGCAGAACGACCGGGGACUAUUACAAGUUUGUAGCGUCUGAAACUGACACAGUUAUUACAGUCAGCGCUAUGGAUGGUAAUACUGCUAAAAGUGAAACUAUUAAUCUUGCAUCUGGAGGAACUUUUUCGCAAAAGCAUUAUAGUUCGAACUUCUACGCGUAUGUCACCUCAAACAAACCCAUUCUAGUAGCCCAGUACGUCCUCAGUCAGGUGACCGAGGCAGCCGAUCCGGCGAUGAUGAUUAUCCCUCCCAUCGAGCAGUUUGCUUCAGACUAUACUUUCACAACGCCGAAAUACUCGCUAGGUUCCUACACCAACUAUUUUAUGUUCGUCGUCAAGGAGACAGAAAAGGCCGGACUUCGAUUAGAUGAGCAGGCGCUGCCGUCAAAUACAGCGUACAACACUAUUCCAGGGACGGACCUUGUCGGUGGAUUUGUGUCACUCACAGAAGGCUCACACACCGUGAGGCAUAACUCUCCCAUCUCGGUCUUCGGUGGAUAUCUCUUCGGCAGAGCUCAUGCUGAAUCCUAUGCCUUUGCUACUGGAAUGAGAGUGUCUCCAAUCAACACAGUAUGUGUCCCCUCUCAGAGUGUUACUGGUGAUGGCCUUGACAACGACUGUGACGGCCUAAUUGAUGAGGAGAUUUGUACACCGGAUAAUAACGCUACAGAUGAUGACGGUGAUGGUUUCGCAGAAGAGGAUUGUGCAAAGCCGACUCCAAUCGAUGGCGGAUGGAGUGUAUGGGAGUCCUGGGGAAGUUGUACUUGUGUCGGUCAGACAUCGGCGUCAGGAGGGACCCAGAAGAGGAUGAGGACGUGCACCAAUCCUGUUCCAAAAUAUGAUGGCAAGCAGUGCCCGGGGUCAGACCAAGAGGACAACUCUUGCACACCUAGCUCAGAUUGUUCAGUGGACGGAUUCUGGAAUCUUUGGACUUCCUGGAGCACAUGCACACAAACGUGUAAUAGCGGCUCGUUUUCCAGAACACGAACUUGCACCGACCCUGCGCCGUCUGGUAAUGGGGCACAAUGUUCCGGAAGUGGCACGGACAGCGGAAUAUGCAACACACAAGGAUGCCCAGUUGAUGGCGCUUGGACUUCCUGGAGCCAAUUUAGCGCAUGUAGUAACAUAUGUGGCCCUGGUACCGCAAAUCGCACGCGCACAUGUACGUCGCCAGCUCCACAAAAUGGCGGAAUCACGUGCACUGGGACAGACUCAGAGAGUCAGUCGUGCACAGGGCCUUGCCAAGUUGAUGGCAACUGGUCGGCGUGGCUACAAUGGGGAGAUUGUACACAGUCAUGUGGCACGGGCAUCAGGUCAAGGUCACGUACAUGCACUGAUCCAGCGCCAUCAAACAACGGAAGCAUGUGUGUUGGCUCCCCAGGUGAAAUGGACACCUGUAACACGGCCCCCUGUCCGACUGUAGCGGCCGGGGUAUACCAACAAUUGUGCCCUACAAACUGGUUCACCUGUGAAUCUGGAGCCAUGCGCUGUAUCCAGUGGUCGCUGAUGUGUGACUGUUCCAAUGAUUGUGACGACGGAAGUGACGAGACGGUAGGGUAUGCCGGAUGUGACGCAGCACUUCAGGCCAGCUGUCCUAGCUCAGCAGGUGGUCUACGUCCAAUGACAAUACUGACAUCGAUGGCUGUGGUCAUAUACCUGUGCGUGGUAGUCAAUUUUGGAUAAGAAGAUUUGGAGAAAAGAUAACACUGACUUUGAUACACAUUUAAUAAUUUCAACCUACUAAGAUUAUACAAGUUCUAUAAUUCAAUAGUUUAUCUAUGAUCUAUUUCUGAAUCAUUCUGAGAAAAGGACAUAUAUCGCGUUCGGCAUUUUGUUAACCAAAUGUUCAGUAUAUUUCAUUAUCGUAUAUUUAUCAUCAAUAAGUAAUCUACUGUACAUAAGUAGUCUGUAUU